AUGGAGGCAACUCUGGACACUUUCCAACUAUUAGGGAAACUUUUCUAUUAUUUUUUAGAAAGUUUAGUUUAUUGUAUAAUUCCCAAGAGAAAAAAGAGUGUUGCUGGAGAAAUUGUACUUAUAACAGGAGCUGGGAGUGGACUUGGGAGAGAGUUGGCCAUAAAAUUUUCUCAUCUUGGAGCCAUUUUAGUGCUGUGGGACAUUAACAAAGAAGGGAUUUUGGAAACAAGUAGACUAGUCAAGAAAAAUGGUGGUGAAAAAGUAUAUACCUACACAUGUGACUGUGGCAACCGGCAAGAGGUCUACAAUGUCGCUAAACAGGUUAAAAAAGAAGUGGGUGAUGUCACUAUACUCAUCAACAAUGCUGGAUGCGUGACAGGAAAAUCAUUCCUUGAAACCCCAGACAAUAUGGUGGAGAAAUCAUUUCACGUAAAUGCCUUGUCUCAUUUCUGGACUUAUAAGGCCUUCCUUCCUGCCAUGAUUGCAGCUGACCAUGGUCACUUAGUCUGCAUUUCAAGUGCAGCAGGACAAAUUGGUACUAAUGGACUAGUAGAUUAUUCUGCAAGUAAAUUUGCAGCUUGUGGUACUGCAGAGGCUCUCUUCUUUGAAUUAAACCUGCAAAGGAAAACUAAAAUUAAAAUUACCAUCGUUUGUCCAUACUUCAUCAAUACUGGAAUGUUUGACGGCUGCGCAACCAAAUAUCCUCUUCUAUUACCUCUAUUGGAACCAGAGUUUGCAACUCAAACCAUUGUAAAUGCUAUUUUACGGAACCAAUUAUAUGUAUUAAUGCCCAAGAUUCUUUGGUUUGCAAUGAUCAUUAAACAAGUAUUUAGUGUAAAAAUGAUACUUGCCGUGAGUAAGUACCUUGGAAUGGACACCUUCUUGCUUAAUUUUAAAGGAAGACAACCAGCAAAAGAAAUUCAAACUGGAAUUGAAGAAACACCAAGUAUUCAAGCCGCAAAGAAGGUGAUGCAAUAA